UGCUCACUCUCGGCGGUGUUGAGAGCACAACACGUACUUUAUCAGGAGGUAUUGCGUUUUUCGUAAUUUUUUCCCCCGUUCAAGCGCGCGCGAUUCAGUUUGGCGAUUCCGUUUUUAGCGAUCACUUUCGGUGCAGAAAAUUUGCAUUUACAUCCAUCAAGUGCAUUAUUUGUUUACUUACCGACCAACCGGGCGUGUGUGUGGUGUUUGCGCUGUGAGCACUCGCGAGGUGCAACUAACAAACCCAACAAAUGGGACAUAAAGUGCUUGCGUUUUGUGCGACAAUAAGCAAAAUCCAUUGCCGGUGUGGUGUGAAUUGUUAAUUUCAUAGGAAAAUAAAAAUACGUCUGCUUUUUUCAUAUGUGGGAUCGUUUGUUUUGUCGUUCUUGACUAGGUGGAACAUAUCAUGCUCUCGAUGCGUUGUCCAGAUGUGGACUAAAUUUAAAAUCUUUACACUCGAAGAAGAAGGAAGAUAUUUUUGAAGUCACUCACCGGGAGAGAUCAUCAACAUCAUCAUCGGUUGCCAUUGGAUACCUACCCCGUUUGAAAUGGAGGAUUGAUUUCGAGCUGCCGGUCGGUAGUGAAUGAAUAGGAGAGAAAUUGUCUGCGUGUUGACAUCCGCUUGUCAGUGAUAACGAAGCUCGUGAUAAGCGAUAAGGGAAAACGUACACAGUGAUGAUACAUCGGCAAAUAUACUUGAGAGAAGAAAAGAGUGACAAAUGAGUAAAUCUAGGUGCUAAGAUGGUUGUUUAUAUUUGAGCAGCAGGAGAAGAAGAAACACAAGAAGAAAGCAAAAUUGAUUGGGAACGAAUUUUGCAAUGUUUACAGAAAAGUUAUAAGCGAUUCGCAAACCCAAACAAACCGGUCAUUCGCGGAUAUCGAGUUAUCGAGAAAAAGAAGUUAAACAUAUACAAACGGGAGCAUAAAAGCCAAGCUCCAUUGUUCUAUGCUAUCUUGAUAGUGGUGGCUGUUGUUGUUUCUGCCGAUUGGAAGAAGAAAUAAAAAAGUGUGUUAAAAGUCGUAAGAAGCAAUUUGUAUGCCGCAAGAAAAAAUCGGGCAUAUCGAAUGUGAAGAGUGGUUUGAAUUUAUGUGGGUUUAAAAAAACAACGACCUCAAGAAGAAGUUGUCUGAGAUUUUUGGAGAACGACAAGUCGCAGUUUUUUUCCCUCCUCUGAUGUGUUUUGUUUGUCAAAAGUUGAGCUACAACGUAAUCGAAGAAUACAGAGAGAACACAGUUUCGGUCCGAUCUGGUCGUUGUUGACGAUGCUGGACGGAGCAGGACGUGACUAAAUUUUAAAACAAACAAAACAUUCGUUCUGAGGAUCGUAAGAAUUUGUUCAACUGCUUCGGUGCAUUCAUCCAAUAACUUAGUACGUGAGUAAGGAGAGGAACGAUGUGAAUGGACGACGACGCGUUUGAGCAGUAAAUUGAAUAAAUCACCAGAACAAACAGUCAUAGAAAAAAUCCCACGAGAGUACGAUUGCAAACUCGCUAGUAGCAGUCAGGAAACCGCAUAAUGCACUCCCUAAGCAGCUUCAAAUGCAGUAGUUAGUGCCAGCGACCAAUAGCUCUCACAUUACCGAUCCGUAACAACUCCGCCGAACAGAGCACUCCAUAGAGUGCAGCAACUGCGGCAAAAAGUAAUGCCCCUACUUAUGUAAAGUGAAGUAAUAGGACCCCAUAAAGGUAAUAAUUAUUAAAUCAUCGAUUGACCAGCACCGAACCAGGCCGACCUCGGUGUUCCCGCGAAAAUAGCUCACCGGCAGAAAGCGCGAACGGUGUCCGGAAAAUCGUGAUCCAAGCCGCAGUGCAGCAGCCAGCCAGCCGGGCAAGGUUUAGGGAAAUUAAUGUGAUAAAUAUAACGGUGCAAUUUUUCCCGAAGAGACGACCAAAGGUUACCAGCAUUCGCGACGUGCGGUACCGGAGUUCAUCCGGGGAAAAGAGAAGAAAAGAAGUGUUCAGAGUGGAGAUAGCAAAAUUAGUCGUGUGAGUUAUGGUUGCAAAUUAUAAAUAAUAAAUAAAUUGAGGUGUAAUAAAGUAAUAAUAGUAAAUCUUGCGGAAUCGGGUGGCCGCUGGGAGGUUUGAAGUCGACGAGUUGUUUUGAAAACCGACCGACGACCGGCGACUGGCGACGACAACGAAGUGUAUGAGUCAAGAAGUUUGAACCCAGUCAGCGUAUUCUGUUGUUGUUUAUUUGGAACGGAAUCAUGUACUACUAGCGGCUAUUUCCUGCCAAGUUCCAGCGUAGAUACUAAUAAGCAUUCUUCACAUCGACCAUGGGAUCGUUCACAAUAAGGAUGUCACCCAGGUGUCGAACGAGCUCCACCAGUUGGCCAUUGGCCCCAACACAAAUGACCGCUCCUUUUGUGAUACUGACCAUUUUUGCCCUGAUGUCGCCACCGACGAUAGUCUGGGCCGAAAACGACUUCAGAUACAUUUCUUAUCAAGAUUUGCUGCCAACGUCCGACCGCUUUACGGAUGCCAACGUUACGUCAUUCUCCCGGCUGCUGUUCGAUGUGGCGCGUGAUCAAGUGAUCGUCGGUGCAAGGGACAACCUGUACCGGCUGUCGUUGCACCUGGACGUGCGGGAAAAGAUGCCCUGGGAGGUGACCCCGGCGAUGCGAAACACUUGCCUGGAUAAAGGCCAAAGUGAGGAAGCCUGCCGGAACCACAUUAUGGUACUGGAGAACUUUGGCAACCGGGUCUAUGUUUGCGGAACAUAUGCCUUCAGUCCGUACUGCUCCUGGCGGCAGAUGGAGAACCUGACGGUGACCCGGUACGACAAAGGCGUCGCCAAGUGCCCUUUUAGCCCGUUCGCCAACAAUACGGCCCACAUGUCCGAUAACGGGAAGCUGUUCGUUGGAACUACGACGGAUUUUUCCGGAUCGGAUCCAGCCAUUUUAAGAGCGGAAGUGACCCAGGAAACUAGCCGCAUGCUACGAACCAAUCAGUACAACUCCAAGUGGUUGAACGAUCCGCAGUUUGUCGGAAGUUUCGAGCAUGGUGAAUUUGUGUAUUUCGUAUUCCGGGAGGCUGCGGUGGAGUUCAUAAACUGCGGAAAAAAUGUGUACUCCAGGAUAGCUAGGAUCUGUAAGAACGAUCCCGGAGGUACUCAGAUCCUGAAGGACAAUUGGACGUCGUUCGUGAAAGCUAGGCUGAACUGUUCCCUGCCCGGAGAUUAUCCGUUCUACUUCAACGAAGUCCAAGGAAUGGUCUAUUCUCAGGAAGAGGGCGUCCUGUAUGCAACAUUCACGACUCCAGAGAACAGCAUUCACGGUUCGGCAAUUUGCGCCUUCAACAUGUCCGCGAUCCAUACCGCAUUCUCUGGAGCGUUCAAAUAUCAAGAGUCCCUAGGUUCCGCAUGGCAUCGGCAGGAUGCUCAGCAUCGUGAUCACUUCGAAUGCCACGCUGGACCGACCGCUCGCCAUGUAUCGCUGAUCGACUCCUCCCGGUACCAACUGAUGGAUCAAGCUGUGCAACCCAUCACCGGCCAACCACUUCACUACGCAAAAUUGGAACGAUUCAGUCACAUAGCGAUCGACGUGAUUCCAACCAAACUGCACGAACGAGUUCACAUAAUCUACGUGGCAACGGACGCUGGUCUGGUAAAGAAGAUCUCCGUCCUACCUAGAACCAAAACGACCUGCGUUGUCGAGAUCUGGCGUCCGGAGCCAAGCAACGAAUCCAGAAUUCGAACGAUACAGUAUGUGAAGGAAACGGACUCUCUGUACGUUGGUACGGAUACUGCCUUAAGUCGGAUAUCUUCACAUCACUGCAAUCGUCAUUUGUCCAGAUUGAGUUGUCUGAAUUCGAUGGAUCCUUACUGUGGGUGGAACGAGUUGCAGGAAGCUUGUACGAUCGCUCCGAAUGGGGAUACUCUCGCAAAGUACUGGAUACAGAAUGCCACAGAAUGUCCUGUUCUCACCGCUCCCGUUGAUGGAGGAUGGUCUGCCUGGUCCGAGUGGAGCAAAUGUGCUCAAUCCAACGGACAAGUUAAUCCGAUGAAUACAAACGAAGACUUCUCCAUCAACACGGAUGCCUGCCUGUGUAGGACCAGAACUUGCGAUAAUCCAUCACCCAAGAAUGGAGGUCGGUCUUGUACCGGAAUGAGUAUAGCCGUUACGAACUGCACCGUCCAUGGUGGAUGGACGGACUGGAGCGCUUGGUCAGCUUGUUCACAGACCUGUGGAAUGGCAGUUAAGACACGACGUAGAACUUGUGGUAAUCCAAAACCUGCUCACGGAGGACGAGUUUGCGUGGGACCAGAUCGUGCGGAAAUCUACUGUUCCCAUUUACCUCCAUGUCCAGCACCGAAACAACCACCAAUUGACGGAGGUUGGGGACCGUGGGGAGUCUGGGGAGAGUGCAGUGCUCCCUGUGGAGGAGGAUAUCACAUUCGAAGAAGGAAGUGUGACGAUCCAGCCCCGCAGAAUGGAGGAAUGGAAUGUCCCGGAUGCCAUUUGGAUUAUGAAGUUUGCAAUACCCAGCAAUGUCCGGAUGUAAAACGAACUGGAGCGUGGACACCAUGGCUAACGGUGGCCAACGGAACCCUUUCAAAUGGAGGCUAUGUUGAGAAACGAUUCAGAUAUACUUGCAAGGCUCCGAUCGCGGAUUCGUCCCUGCUGAAGAUUAGUCCGAAAGAGGAAACCAGGGUGUGCCACGCGGAUGGAUCGUGCCAGCGAUCCAGCGAUGCGGGUCAUGGAGGAAACGAAAGUGAAGACGGUUGGAGUGAGUGGAGCUCGUGGAGCAGUUGCAGUGCUUCCUGUGGAGGAGGUCAACAGUUCCGGACGAGGAGCUGCGAAAAAGCAGAAUGCGAUGGAAUCAACAGGAUGGCGCGAGCUUGCAACACUCAGCCCUGUAAAGGUGAAUGGGGAUGCUGGAGUGAUUGGUCGCCAUGUUCGGUGUCUUGUGGCCUUGGAACGCGUACUCGCUCCCGACAAUGUCUUUCGAUGUCGGGCAACGUAGUCUUCGGAAAUGAUUGCGAGGGACAAAGUACUCAGUACGAUACCUGCGAGAUGCCCAGCUGCGAUUCCUUCCUCGGUUGGGGCGAAUGGAGCGAAUGGUCUACGUGCAACUCAGAUGGUGAAAAGGUUCGAACCAGAAGGUGUCUCAUACCAACGCCAGAUCAAAAGAUGUGCCAGGGCAGCGAUCGCGAGAUUCGCAAGUGCCACAUGGAAAUGAGUAACGAAAUUCCUCACGCCCUGACCGCCGGAACCUCUCCGGUAGCGGCCAUCAUUGCUGGAGUUGUGUUUCUGAUCAUCAUUUGCUGCGCUGGGACCGUUUUCAUCACAAUAUACUUGAUGAAGAAGAAAACGAAAGGAAUCAAAGCGAUCCAGGGCUCACCGUGCUACGGGUCCUAUCCGAAUCAGUACUCAUCGCUACCGACGAAAGAUUACACCGAAAGCCAGAAACCAAAACGCCAGUCAUCGUUCAACGGCCGGAACGAUGCCAGCGGAUCGAAAAUCUCCAACGGCCAUACAACGCUAACCAAGUCGAACAACGUUAACGGAGGAGUGCUCGGUAGCAACACACCAAAAGUGCUGUCCAAAUCGUUCAACGAUCCCGACACGGCCACCAUCAAGCGGAACUCCCACGGGCUCAACAACAUCCGACACGCACGGCAACUGGAGCUGGAAGAGGAAAAGUACUGACCAGAGCUGCCCCUGAAUGUGAUUCAAAUUCCAAUCGAAUAGAAAUCCGAGCAAAUCAAACGUAAAAUGUUGAUGUUAGGGAAAUGUUGUUGAUUUUGAUCGUUCAAUUUUUAUUGUCCAACAAAAAAGAAUGUGAUCUCAUCUGCAGGAAGUGCCAGAACAGGAAACGGAAAAUAGCAAUUUUUGAAGGAGCAGAGGAGACCAACUCGUUUACAACCUUCCCGACUUGCAUGCAAGAAAUUUAAAUGAUUCCGCUAAAAAAAACAGUUGCAUUGGAAACGAGUCACAACAUUUGCAUACAACUUCACAUACACACAAAAUACGAUUCAUUAAAUACUAGAACAAAUUGAUUAGACGCAAGGCUGAUGAAUUAAGAUUUAGGAGUUUUUAUAGUAUUCGCAGUACUGGUUAGAUGAUAGAUUUUACUUAACGAAUUGUGAAUUUUAACAAACAAGUUAAACAAAAACACACGCUUCAAAUCGCUGAUAACCGAUGACGAACGAGGGGCUACAAAUAUUUAACCAAAUGAUCACUAUAUAUUUUACGGACAGAGCGUUGUGCUCUACUUAUGCAUAGUUCGUUUAACAAA